AUGGAUGUAAUUAAACUAAGUGAUGAUGUAAUUGAACAAAUAAAAGACUUUGAUGAGUAUCGGAAAUUGACUGAAGAGCAACAAUCGUUAAUUGAUAAACUAAUAACAGACAAAGAAUUAAAAGAACAUUAUAAAGCAAAUGGUUUAUGUAAAAAAUGUAAGCAGCCUAAUACUAGUCUUUGGUGUUAUUGCCCAUGUAAUUUACAAAAUUUUAAACAAAAUUUCAAAAAUUGGACAAGUGGAAAUCACGACAUUGAUGAAUUUAUUCAAAAAGAACAAUUAAAAGCUGAAGAUAUGUUCCAUAUCAUAGAGUGGAUUGAAUAUAAUAAAUUUGAAGAUGUUGAAUAUUUAGCAAAAGGGGGAUUUGGAACUACUUUUAAAGCAGUUUGGAAGGAUGGUCCUUGGAAAUUAAAUUUUGGCAAUAAACAAUGGGAACGAAAAGUUGAUACAAAAGUCGCUUUAAAAUGCUUACAUAAUUCACAAGAUAUUACAGCAGAUUUUUUAAAAGAAGUUGAAUCAAAUAUUUUAGUAUGUAAUCGUUCUUGGAUAGUUCGUUGUUUUGGUAUUACCAAAGAUCCAAAAACAAAUAAUUUUAUGAUGGUAAUGGAAUUAAAAAAUGGUAGUUUAAGACAACAUUUAAAUAACAACUUCAUUUCGUUGAAUUGGGAACAAAAGUUGUCUAGUAUAGUUAAAAUUGCAUUGGGUCUUAAUGAAAUUCAUGAUAAAGGAUUAAUGCAUCAUGAUUUUCAUUGUGGGAAUAUAUUAAGCGAUUUUGUUAAAGAUGCUUAUAUUACUGAUUUGGGAUUAUGUCAACCAGCAAAUUUCAAAUCCCCUCAAAAUAGUAAUAAAGAAAUAUAUGGAGUAUUACCUUAUGUAGCUCCUGAAGUUUUAAAAGGAAAAGAAUAUACUCAAGCAAGUGAUAUUUAUGGAUAUGGAAUUAUUGCAUACGAAAUUUGUACAGGUUUCCCUCCUUAUUACGAUAUGGCUCAUGAUGAAUUCUUAGCAAUGAAAAUUUGUAACGGGUUGAGGCCAAAAUCUGAUUAUAAAAUUCCGAAAUUAAAUUUUGACAUUAUUAAUCAAUGUUGGGAUGCUGACCCUUUAAAACGACCUAAUGCAGUUGAAUCACAUAAGUUAUUUUAUAAUUUAUGGGUUGAUAUGCUAAAUAAAAAAGUGGAUUCUGUAAUUUAUAAGCAAGUUAAAGAAACAGAUGAAAUUAAUAAGAAGUUAUCUUUUUCAUCACCUUUAAUAUCUAGUGAUACUAGUAUAUCAUAUGUGACACAUCCUCAAGCAGUUUAUACAAGUAAACUUUUAGAUUUUAAGAAUCUUCCAGAACCAAAAAAUGCUGAUGAUAAUGAUGAUUUACAUGGAAUAGAAUAUUCAGAUUCUUUAAAAAUGGAUUUUACUAAACUUAAUAUUAAUUCUAAAGAUGAAAAUAAUUAA